AUGGGAUUGUCGAAUAACGAUCAAAACCCUAACAACACCAAUCUUUUCCGAAAGCAUACGUGGCACCCGGAAACGAAUGAUUUAAAGAAAGAAAGGCGGGCUAGCGGUUUACCUGGGGAUUUCAAUGGAACAGCUUCGGAGUUGGAUCAAUCGGAUUCUUUUCGAAAGCGAAACUUCAGCGCCGGUGACUAUGUCAUUUCGCCUGGGUCAAAUGGUGCCGGAGGAAGUACUUUAACCCAUUCCUGGACGUUUCAACCUGGCCGACACAACCAGGGUUUAUAUUCUAACAAUUUCCGAGAAGCCCAACGCCAAUGGAAGCGCUUACAAGAGUGGGGUGAAGUUAAAGAAACGAAGAAAAUAAAAAAGCGAUUUGAUCGGUUCUCUGGCCGGAAAUUCAUUAACGACUAUGAGAUUCUCAGCGAAGUUGGUCGCGGCAUGCACGGAAAGGUCAAGUUGGGCCGUGAAAUGAAUACCAAGGAACUGUUAGCUAUUAAGAUUAUCCCCAAAACGGAGCGUCGUCCCAAGCUAGGCCGUGCUAAUUCUGGAAGCCAAAAAGAGAAAGUACGUCGCGAAAUCGCUAUUCUGAAAAAGUGUAUUCAUCCGAACGUUGUCCGUUUGCGUGAGGUCAUUGAUGAUCCAAAUUCUACAAAAGUAUAUUUGGUCCUUGAAUGUAUGAAUGGAGGCGAGAUUCAGUGGUCGGAAAAUCAGUCUCCUCUUUUAUCUGUCGAACAGGCUCGCCAGUAUUUCCGUGAUGUGGUCUGUGGUCUUGAAUACCUUCACUAUCAAGGGAUCAUCCAUCGAGAUAUUAAGCCUGCCAACCUUCUUUUGAGUUCUUCGGGAUGCGUUAAAAUAUCCGAUUUUGGAGUUUCCUAUAUAGCACGUAGCGGUUUAAAUGAAGAAAAUGAUGUUGAACUCGUAAAGACCGUAGGUACGCCGGCCUUUUUUGCUCCUGAGCUAUGUUGGACGGAUUUAGACCGUCCCAGGCCGAAAAUAUCCGAAGCUAUUGAUGUGUGGGCUUUAGGUGUCACCCUUUUCUGUCUUUUGUUUGGCCGGUGCCCUUUUCAAGCGUCCAUGGAAUAUGAGUUGUUUGAUAAGAUCGUUAAUGAACCUUUACGGAUCCCUGAUGCCCCCGAUAUAGGAGACGACGGUCGUGAUUUGCUUAACAGAUUGCUUAACAAAGACCCGAAUACUCGUAUAACGUUGGCUGAAGUAAAGCGUCACCCAUGGACAAUUCGUGAUAUGCCAGACUUUGAAGAUUGGUUUAAGGGUACAAACCCUGAAGCAAGCGGCCGUGUUGAAGUAUCCAAUGAUGAAGUUGCUUCUGCUAUUAGUUUGGUUGGUCGUUUGCGUAGAAAGCUUGGUAAGCUUUUCCGCUUUCGUCGUCCAAAAACACAAGAGCAGGAAUCACAAGAACAGGAAUCUUCAACGUCUCCUUCUGAUUCGUCCUUGCGUAGGGAAACCGGUACCAGUAAUUCAUCAAUUGCUUUAUCCCCCAGUCAGUUAUCCGAUUCAUUCAAUCACAUGUCUGUGGAUAAACAAGAAAAUAACGCAGGCGAGUCCGAAGAAAAUGCUAGGGACGCAGGUGCCGGUGGGGGAGGUCAGCACUUGGAGAAACCUAAGAUUGAUUUCAAUUGGGACCGUUCCCCUAUGAGUGAGAUUUCAAACCCGGUUGAAGAGGUUGAUACAAAACCUGACGAAGAUGAUUACGAUGAAGAUGAUUCUUCUGAUGACCGAAGUCCAGAUUCGUUAAGUAUGCAUCCAGGGGGAGCUGGUUAUGAUGUCUAUUGUCAAGCUUACACGGAUUCACAUAAUAAUAGAAUGGAAUAUUCCCAACAGGCCGAUCAUGACUUGAAGAAAGACCAGGUCCCGAUGGUUGCUUGGCGUGACUAUGAGCAUUUAAACAGGUCUCGCCCGGGGGAGGAUCCAAAUUAUAAUUCUAUUUCAGGUUUUCUAUCUGCCAAUGGGUUGCCCAUGAGCCAAGCUCCAAGUACUUCUCCGUAUAUCUUUGAACAUCCCAUGACUUCGAGUCACUAA